ACACAGGGUGAAAUUCGACGGCAAACUAAAGAUUUUGGCACUUUUUCUGUUUUUGCUUUGAAGGCUUAUUUAGUUGUUAAAAGGAGUUUUACAAAGUGGAGAGUCGUCCCCACAACGACGUUCUUUCAGGAGUGACAUUUUCUCAAAGAUUGUCCCUACAUUUAUAUGAAUGCAUAGACUUUAUGAAGCGCAAUCAGUUCGUUCUGUAUAGAGGGGGUGCAACAUGUUCGGUGUUGAUGGUGCUGUUGCUAGCGUGUGAAUUACAUGGGGUGUAUAACUAUACACAGAGUAUAGGACAGAUAGACAACGGGAUGUGAGGUUCUGAUUCAUUGUGGUGCUUUUAUAAUGAAGUGUUUAGAUCCUCCACACGGCUCUGCUCAAAAUCCCAUCGGCUACCAGCGGGGGAAGGGAGCGGUGUGAGAGUACACGAAAGCGAAAGUAUUACCAGAUUCUCCAUAGUCUACGAAACAACAAAACCAAGCCCAAAGUCAUCCGAACAAGGUUAUAUUCUUCCAUCCUUCGUCAUGCUGUAGAGCAGGCUUCAUAUAACACCAUAGUGUGCAAAUACAUUGAAUAUUCCGUGUUCGGGAGACACAUUAAGAGCACAUUAUUGUGGAUUCGUGAUAGUUUCUCUCAAGAGCAUUCCAGGACGAUCACAAGGGACGGUAUGACGAGAGCAGUGGACUUUCUGUAUUUGUUAAGCUGGGCUGGGUCUGUGGGUGCAGACUCCCUUACCGUCAAGGUCCUGGGUUCUCCCCUCAUUGUCCGUGAGGGAGAGGAUGCAGUUCUGCCUUGCCUCUUCCUCUCCCCUGACACCAACGCAGAGUCGCUGGAGGUCAAGUGGUACGGAGUACAGGAGACCCUAGUCCAUACCUACUUAGACCACAAAGAUGUGCUGGAUGCACAGAUUGAUAAGUAUAAGGGGCGGACCAGCCUGUUCCAGGAGGAGCUGAGGAAGGGCAACGUGUCUUUACAGAUCAGAGGAGUCCGGAUCUCCGAUAAAGGAUCCUAUUCCUGCUGUGUGAUUUCAGCAAAGCAGAUGUAUUGUGAUAAACUGGAGCUGCAUUUUCCAGAAACCUUUGAAAUCUCUAUGCAAUGGGCUGCCAUUGCAAACUCUCUACUGGUUCCUGUGAUCGUCAUUGCGGCUCUGUGCUGUUGUAUAAGAAAGCUAACAAAAGAAACUUUAAAAAAGCAGAACGAGAAUGUUGAAGCAGAAAAGAAGGCUCUUCAGAAGGAAAAUGAGAGGCUAGGAAGGGAGAAUGAGAGACUGGGAAAAGAAAAGCAGGAUCUUCAGAAGAAAAAUGAGACUUUAGCAAUAGAGAAACAGACAGCUCAAGCAGAAAAGCAGGAUCUUCAGAAGAAAAAUGAGACUUUAGCAAUAGAGAAACAGACAGCUCAAGCAGAAAAGAAGGCUCUUCAGAAGGAAAAUGAGAGGCUAGGAAGGGAGAAUGAGAGACUGGGAAAAGAAACUUUAAAAAAGCAGAAAGAGAAUGUUGAAGCAGAAAAGCAGGAUCUUCAGAAGAAAAAUGAGACUUUAGAAAUAGAGAAACAGACAGCUCAAGCAGAAAAGAAGGCUCUUCAGAAGGAAAAUGAGAGGCUAGGAAGGGAGAAUGAGAGACUGGGAAAAGAAAAGCAGGAUCUUCAGAAGAAAAAUGAGACUUUAGCAAUAGAGAAACAGACAGCUCAAGCAGAAAAGAAGGCUCUUCAGAAGGAAAAUGAGAGGCUAGGAAGGGAGAAUGAGAGACUGGGAAAAGAAACUUUAAAAAAGCAGAAAGAGAAUGUUGAAGCAGAUUUGAAAGACCUUCGACAGAAAACCAACACAGUUGGCUAUGUCCUUGACAGAGAAUGGAAAUUAAUAACUGAACCUCGUGUGAAAGUGACUCCAGACCCCGACACAGCCAGCCCCAGCCUCACAGUUUCUGAAGACGGCUCACUAGUGAGAUUCACAGGGGAGAGAUCAGAGGAGUGGCCCAGUGUGGUGGGCAGGGAGGGGUUCACCUCAGGGAGGUGCUACUGGGAGGUGGAGGUGGGGGAGAAGGGCUACUGGGUCCUGGGGGUCUCCACACACCCUCAUGAGAAGAGCAUACCUGAGAAACCAGAGGAGGGGUACUGGCUUGUGAGACUGGUUAAAGGGAAGACCUGUAGAGCUGUGAGCCAGUCAGGGGAUCAGAUCGUACAACUGGAGAAGAUCUGUAAGGUGUGGGGAGUGUAUCUGGAUCACGAGGGAGGGAGGCUGUCGUUUUACAAUGCAGAGACCAGAUUCCACAUCUAUACUUUCGAAGGCUCAUUCCCUGGGCAGGUCUACCCCAUUUUCAGCCCAGGGUCAUAUGAUAAAGGGCCCUUGAUAAUCCAGAGAGUCCAGCACACGUGAGCCAACUUAAUAUAGACCCCACUGUGUUGGGUAGCUACUGUAGUUCUGUACAGGGUUUUAUGUUAGUGUUACAGAAAUUUGGUUAUCCGAGAGCGGUGGAGACAAAUAUAAUAUAGGAAAGACAGGCAGGAUAAAAGAGGCGGAGGGGUCACUUUGACCCAUACAUUUUUAAACUGCUUCCUUAUGAAAAUGAAAGAAAUACUAUCAGAUACAGAUGAAAAGGUUUAUUCAUGAAGAUCCUAUCUAACAUUUGCAUCGCAGAAACAUUGUAUUUAAAUGGAUAAUUAAACAUAAAAAUGUUUAUUAUUAAAAUGAG